AUGUCCAUCAAUUUAACGAGGUCGUGUUCAAAACAGAUCCACUUGACAGCUGUCUUCUGUAUAACGCCAAGGAGCAAGCGAUGAAAAGUUCCUGGAUUAACGCAGAAUUAGCACAAAGCAGAGACGCCACCUCAGCCCAACGUUGCAACUAGCGGAGAGAGGAAACGAUUGAGGGAGAAGCAGUGUGCACCAGAAACUAAGACACAUACCCCAGCAGCUCAAGACGAGUUCCAGAGAGCACAGAGACAGGCCAGGACGGGCAUCCUUCCGGAAAGGGGACCCACGCCGAAGAGAGCUUCAAAAGCAUGGCGGAAAAACAAUUUUCUGGCAUAUUGAACGGAGCAGUUCCAGUAGAGCCAGUAAAGAAAGAUGAAAACUCCAGAAGGGGAAACUGGGGCAACCAGAUUGAGUUUGUCCUCACCAGUGUUGGCUAUGCAGUGGGUCUGGGAAAUGUCUGGAGGUUUCCUUACCUCUGCUACAGGAAUGGAGGAGGUGCCUUCAUGUUCCCAUACUUCAUCAUGCUGGUGUUUUGUGGCAUCCCUCUGUUCUUCUUGGAGCUCUCCUUUGGGCAGUUUACCUCCCUCGGGUGCCUGGGAGUCUGGAAGGUCAGCCCCAUGUUUAAAGGUGUGGGCUAUGGAAUGAUGGUGGUCUCUACCUACAUUGGGAUUUACUACAAUGUGGUGAUUUGCAUUGCAUUUUAUUACUUCUUCAUGUCCAUGACAAACCUGCUGCCCUGGACGUACUGUAACAACCCCUGGAACACCCCUGACUGCACUGGAGUGAUGGGCACUCCACGAACUAAUGCCACCUUCGCCAAUGUGUCUGCUGUUGUGUCAGGGUUGACUGAGAUAGUCAACCGCACCAAAAGGACCAGUCCUAGUGAAGAGUACUGGAGGAACUAUGUGCUGAAUGUCUCUGAUGGUAUUGGGAACUUCGGAGAGGUGCGUCUACCUAUCCUGGGCUGUCUGGCUGUGUCAUGGAUAGUUGUGUUCCUCUGUCUUAUUCGAGGAGUCAAGUCAUCCGGCAAGGUGGUGUAUUUCACAGCAACCUUCCCUUAUGUGGUGCUGACCAUUCUUUUCAUCAGAGGAAUCACUCUGGAGGGAGCUAUCAGUGGUAUCAAAUACUAUUUGACCCCUCAGUGGGAGAAAAUUCUAGAUGCUAAGGUAUGGGGGGACGCUGCCUCUCAGAUUUUCUAUUCGCUGGGCUGUGCCUGGGGUGGCCUUAUCACCAUGGCAUCAUAUAACAAGUUCCAUAAUAACUGUUUUAGAGACAGUAUCAUCAUCAGUGUAACAAACUGUGGUACCAGCGUGUAUGCUGGCUUUGUUAUUUUCUCCAUCCUGGGAUUCAUGGCUAAUCAUUUGGGGGUGGAUGUGUCAGAGGUGGCCGAUCAUGGGCCAGGCCUGGCUUUUGUGGCCUACCCGGAGGCCCUAACAUUGCUGCCCAUAUCACCGCUCUGGUCUCUGCUGUUCUUCUUUAUGCUCAUUUUAUUGGGCCUGGGCACUCAGUUCUGUCUGCUGGAGACUCUGGUGACGGCUGUAGUUGAUGAGAUUGGAACUGACUGGAUUAUGAAAAAUAAGACAUAUGUCACGCUGGGAGUCGCCAUAGUAGGAUUCCUCCUGGGAGUGCCGCUCACCACACAGGCAGGAAUAUACUGGUUGCUGCUUAUGGACAACUACGCUGCCAGUUUCUCUCUGGUCGUCGUCUCUUGCAUCAUGUGUAUCUGUAUAAUGUAUGUCUAUGGUCACAAGAACUAUUUUAAAGAUGUGGAAAUGAUGCUAGGCUUUCCUCCUCCGCUCUUCUUCAGGAUCUGCUGGAGAUAUGUGUCUCCUUUCAUUAUUACUUUCAUUCUGAUUUUUACAGUGAUACAGUACAAGCCUAUUACCUACAAUGACUAUGUCUACCCAAGGUGGUCAUUGGUCAUUGGGUUUGCCAUGGCUUUGUCUUCAGUCAUCUGUAUACCUAUCUAUGCUCUGUUCAAGAUUGCUAUGUCUGAAGGAUCCACAUUUUUAGAGCGUUUGAAGAACUCCGUGAAGCCCGACCCGGACUGGGGUCCAGCUCUCCAGGAGCACCGCAAGGGCCGAUACGCCACUGCGGGCCCCGAAUCUGUGGAGGUGUGCCCUCUCAAAGAAGAGCUGAAGGAUGAGGGGAAAGAGAAACUCAAGGAGAAAGAGAUGGAGAAAAAGGAUGAGAUGGGUUUGACCAUCCCAGGAAGCAACGGCUCCACAUUAAACCCCACACCCAGCGCAUAGAGGAGCCCUUCCCCACCCUCCCCCCAGGACAGUUCCCAUUCCCUCACUGUGGGACAGGCCACUCUCGCUGGAGACCUUUACAUAUUGUAAGGGCUUUAUGAAAUCUAACCUCUAGAGAAAUUGGUUGUCAUCCAAAACCUUUUUCUUUUUGUUCGCAUAAUUUAAUACUGCAGUUUUUUUUAAAAGACAAGAAAAAAAGACAUGUUCAUUUACAGGAGGUGUUUGCAUACACGCAGUGUGUAUAUAGUGCAUUGUACAAUAUUUUCACUCUGUGUUGAGUAGUCUGAAAAUGUGACUGUAGCAGCAGCAGGAGCUACAGUGGGAUUUGGCUUGUGCGUGUGUAUAGUGGCGGCAGUGCUGGUCAGGUUUAAUAGCUGAAGACCAAAUAUUCUUUGUGGCAAUGUUGUAAUGGGGAGAUUUAUUUUCAGUUUCUGUUUUAUACCCAUUUUCUUGUUUGGGAACCAUCUCAUUCACAAGACAGUAUGGGUUUUUCAAUGGCCGAUGUUGGUGUCUGAGAGCAGGGUGGCUGAUAUUCAAUGUAAUGCCAGUAUAUGAUAUAAUACAUGUUAAAUUACCUUUUGACACUGUAUUAACUCCAGAUCCACCUAAAACUACAAAACAGAACACGUCUAUUAUCCUUUGAUUAGACUACCAGUACAUUUUAGAGCUAACACUUUCGUUAAUCAGCCAAGUAAACUAGCUGAUACCAAUAAAUAAGCAUAGGCAAAGAGAAUAUCAACUUUAUUUCCAAUUAAGUGAGAGAACAAAUAUAAAACAAAGGAUAUUUGGUCUUAAGCUCUUACUGACUGAGGUAUCUGAACCGAGGCAUAUCACUUCUCAAGCCCAUUCUCAGGGUUACACACAGUUUGCUUUUUUGCUAAACAUUUUCCAACACCUUGAGAUGAUUUGUUGCUGAUGUUGAGAAUUGGACACGAAGGAGAGGGGUUUUCAUGUAGGAACUGCCACAUGAAAUGCCAAAUCUGUCUUGUCUUCCGGGCAUCUCAAGUCAAGACAUCUCCUGAGCGAGGGGGCAGCAUGUGUGCGAUAACAGAAGCAGCUAGUUCCUCAUUAGAUUCAGUACUGUAGUAUGCACACUAACCCCACUCUACACGGAAAAAGAGGCAUGUUACCAAAAACGUGCACAAACCUUUGUGUUCUGAUUUAGUUGGUAUGUUUGUGUUUGUGUGUAUUUUUUGUUGUCUGUGUUAAGAGACUUGAACUGGUGUGUAUGUGUCAUUUAAAGGCAUCUGGCUGUGCUGAGCUGAACGGUCGUGUCAUCGAACACUGAAAUAAGGGGUAAGGUUGCAUGUGGAAUGACCAGAAGUAAACGUAGCAUUAGUCAAAAUCACUGUGGUUAAUGGAAUUUUUUCCUCGUAUUGUAAAAUAAUGUGAAAUAGACUUGCAAGACAAAUAAAAGGCCAAACCAUCCCAUUUACGCAAUAGAAACCACAGAAUUUUAUGUUAAUAUGGUGCAUUUUGUUUUGUUUUGGUUUUGAAGGCAAUAGAGAGGGGAAGAUACUGGUAUGGAGAGUUAUGUUCAUAUUUUUGGUAUGGUUAGAUGCCGCAUGUCAUUUCAUUCCAGUGACAUUUCAACAAGGCCCCUUUACUUACGAUGCAUAUGGUUAUAGUGGCACAUGUACAUGGAUAAAGAGUCCUGGUUACACUGAAUUUGUCUGGGAUGCUGCCUGACUCCUUUUAACAGGGAGUCUGACAAUGCAUCUGCUAAUGUGCUGACGCGUCAUGUAUUGAGACUUGUGAUUAAACAGUGAAUCGCUGUAUAUAGUCAAGUCAAAGUAGUUUAUCUGGUAUUUCUCUUCUCUGGUGCGAGGAGAAAUGCCAUAUGAGAUGUGCUCUGUCAUUUUGAGUCGGAAAGAGGUGAAGAAAUGCGAUUAUAAGUGGAAAAAAAUAUUGCUUAGUUGCAUUAAUUUUGAUAAUACAAAGUCUCCGCUUUCAAAUUAGCUUCAUUUUAACAUGUCACUGUUUGCUACAGCUGCCUCAGUUUAAAAUCAGCGUGAAGCACGAGUGAACCGAUCAUCUCUUUUUCUUUACUACUGGUUAUAGCACGAAAAAAUAAAUGAAUCAGAAGGUAUGUUGAAAGAUGCAGUACAACUUACUGAAUGUGUCGUCUCUCAUGUAAUCGUGUUUCGAAAAGAUGUGAAUAAAACUGCUUGUGAACGUCACCUGACGUUACAUUUACCUCAGAAAAGUCAUUCAGUGUCAAUUGCUCGAGGGGAAAAAAAACUUUGUAAAUAUAAAAUCUUAAAUAUAAAAGUAUGCUUGAAUAAAUCACCAGAUUCUAUCAAAAAAUAUAUGCAAAUUGUUUGGAAUUUAGAUGUCAUUUUCUCAAGUUUUUGUGGCAGCACCAUUUAAUUAUAUUUCAGCAAAGAAUCGUAAACAAUUUUUUUAAAUAUUUUUGAAAGCUUUCUUAUAUAUGUUUGAGACUUUUUCUUUCAGUGCAUAAAACUCUAAACUCUGACUCAAAAUGAUGGAGCAGGUCACAGAUAAAGUCAGUACUCAAAAACCUGAUGGCAUAAUAGUCUACAUCUUUGUGAUAUGUACAUUUCAUUAAUUUCUGCAUGAAGGUAUGAUAUAUCUAUUUUUAAGGUUUUAUCCAAAAAUAUACAAAACACAAUCUAACUUUAAGAAGUAGGGAAAAAAGAGAGAAGAAUAAAAGUAACCCUGCUGCCUAACAGGAGGUAUCUGACACUCAGGGGAGUAGUUAGAGGUUCAUUGGUCUUAGCACAACCAUACCUACAGGUCACGCACUCUAGCUUUUCCUCUGUUAGACAGUGCCAUAGAUUAGAGCAGCAGUUUAGGUGUCGGGAGGCUAACAGCACUUUUUAUUUACUGGUUCACUUUAGCUGGCUACGUGCGCGGUAGCUACAGUAUGAUUAAUAAUCGCUGUCGGAAAUAUGAAUGCGCAAAAUUGAAGCCCUCUCAUUUUUCUGAUGUGUGGUCCUCAGACCUUGAACGUGGCAUGAAGACCAUGUGUCUGUCUCUAGGUACUGCGAUGUGAACAGAUCUGGAUAUUGACCUCGACAUGCAAACUCUUUAUAACAAUAGACACGUUAUGCAUCAGUGCCAUUCUUGCACUGUUCCUCUUUCUCCAUUGUACAGUAAUGUAAAAAAAAAAAAAAAAAAAAAAAACCAUGUUUGUGUUUUCUGUUUUUAUCAGGGUGGGUUGCUGUAGUGGGGUUUAUUUUUAGUUGUUUUUACAUUAUUUCUUAUGGUAACGUAGCUACUGUUAUGUGUACAGAGUGUUCUGUGUAGUGGACGUUCAACUGCUGAGUCAAACCUAGUUCAUGUUAGUGUCACUGUUGAUAUAGUGUAAUUUUAAUCAGUAUGUAAUUAUCCGCUUUUUGCCAUUUAACAAACAGAAUCUACCUUUGUAAGAGAUUUGUCCUUUUUAUUUUUAUAGUACUAAAACUGUAUUUUAUCAUCAGUUGUAAUAAUUUUUAGCUUUGUUCGGUGACACUACAUUUUAUUUCUUUUUUUCCCCCCUAAACCUCUUCAAGCCAGCUGAUCUCAAACACAUUGCCAAACUAAGGCUUUGGACUGAAACUUGAAAAAUUCAGGAAUGCUUUUUACAGCAGCGUCUGGUCAAACAGAAACCGUUUAUUGAUGAAGAAGGACACAGUCUAAAGCCAGCAAUGUUAUAUCUUCAUCUCAGUAUUGUACACGUGUAUUUGUAGUGCUGCAAACCCUUUAAGAACAUUUCUGUCUGCACGUGAUCCAGUUUCAUUUAUUAUGCACAAUGUAAAUGAAACCGAGAAAGCACAUUUGAUUGCCUGGAAAGAAUGUUUUAACACUUAUGCCGAUCUUUGAAUAUUUUCGAAAUGCAUUUGAAAUGAACAAAACUGAAUUAAUAUUUUCUGAAUUUUAUUUGGGUAUAUUAAGAUGAUGUUUCUGAGAAGAACCGAACACUUUUUAAGUGGACUUUUCUUCUAAUUUGAACGGGCUCUCAAACUAUAUUUCACAGUUUCUUAGUGCAAAUUGAAUUGUGACGGCAUACUCUUUGAAAUGACAUGAAAGGGCUGUGUUUAGAACAAGCAAAACAGAAAUACUAGAAUCCAGUGUAAAAUAUGCACACAAAUACCUCUUUGUCCAAGAUGGAAAUAUCCAUUAAGCACAGUUUUGUGUCUGUAUUAAGAACUAUAAAAAGAAUCAGCAUAACUGAAACUGUGAACUUUUUUGGUUAAUGAAAUGUUUAUUCAAAACCGUGUCAUGUAUUUUCAUGUUGUUACGGCACUUUAAAAAUAUGUGGUUGAACGCAACAGAAAAUACAAAAUUGCAACAAAAAAAAAACCUUUCUCUCCCUGUCCUGCAUCCUAAAAGCAAUGUCUUUACAAUAGUGUGUGUGUUCUUCUGUGCUCAUGGCAAUAUAGUAGUGAAGUAGAAUGACAAGCACAAUGACAUGAGCUUCAAACAUAUCUAACCAUGUCUUUUCAAUUUUAGGGCCAAACAGCAUUGAAAUUGUCUUAGUCAUGUCAGCUGUAAACUGUUCAAUUUGAAAUGGUAAAUAAAGUUUAUUUUAAAGAUCA